UUUAGAUUUCAGUUUCCGGCGGUAUUUUGUUUCUUUUUGUUCCUUCUUCACAUUUUAAUGUCUGUCACUGGGUUGUCAUUCUAAAUUCAUGCGAAAAUGUCAAUAUCAAAUAAUUUUGGUACCGCUGCAAGAAUUCUUCACCGUAUAAGCAGCUGCUGUUAUCGGUCUUCGAACAUCCAAUCUAAUCUGUCUCACCUACCCAUCAAAAAACUCACGUCAACCGGAAUUGUUGGUCAAAGAGGAUCAUUGAUGAAUUCGUCGCAGCUUAAGAACGUAGUGUAUCAAAAUGCUUGUAACGAAGCAUACCUAGAAAAAGGACGAUGAUGAAGACGACAGGUGCCGUACCGGAUGCCAAAAAAGGAAGAAAAAAAAGGAUCCCUGCUACAAGAAGGAGCGGUAUAAUCCUUGCAAAAAUCGCAACCCUUGCGACAAAGUAGGGAAAAUAAAGAAAUGAACAUGUUAGAUGGAAUAUAAUGUGUAUACCUUGUUGACAAAAUAUAUUUUGUCAGUGCCC